CUGCUACUGCUGCCAUCUGCUCCGCUCUCUCUGCCUAUAAAUGCAAACCCUCUUCCAAGCUUUUGUACACACAACACAAAGCAAAUCAUAUUCCCCACCUGUCCGUCAUCCAACAGCUCAGAUCCUGAUCUUUUUCUGUAGCAUUAUUAAUUAUUAGUUAAAAUGAUUGCUCAGACAUUUUCCUCAGCUAUGCUUCUCUCUAUUUUCCUGUUUAUUAGCUUAAAUUUGCAUGGAAUUACUGGAGACUAUGGCGGCUGGCAGAAUGCGCAUGCUACUUUCUAUGGCGGUGGUGAUGCCUCUGGCACAAUGGGAGGAGCAUGUGGCUACGGGAACUUGUACAGUCAAGGGUAUGGAACAAAGACUGCAGCACUAAGCACAGCCCUGUUCAACAACGGCCUCAGCUGUGGAUCUUGCUAUGAGAUGCGAUGCAAUGAUGAUCCCAAAUGGUGCCUUUCUGGCACCAUCACUGUCACUGCUACAAACUUCUGCCCCCCUAACUUUGCUUUGUCUAAUGACAAUGGCGGGUGGUGCAAUCCUCCUCUCCAGCAUUUUGAUUUGGCAGAGCCCGCCUUCCUGCAAAUUGCCCAAUACCGAGCUGGAAUCGUACCUGUUGUCUUUAGAAGGGUGCCAUGUGUGAAGAAAGGAGGAAUAAGAUUCACCAUUAAUGGACACUCUUACUUCAACCUGGUCUUGAUCACCAACGUUGGGGGUGAGGGAGAUGUUCAUGCAGUGUCCAUCAAAGGGUCCAAAACAGGGUGGCAACCAAUGUCUAGAAACUGGGGCCAGAACUGGCAGAGCAACUCCUACCUCAAUGGCCAAGGCCUGUCUUUCCAAGUCACCACCAGCGAUGGUCAAACUGUGACAAGCUACAACGUGGUGCCUGCUGAUUGGCAGUUUGGUCAGACUUUUGAAGGAGGUCAAUUUUAGAAUUUGUCUUCACUCUCCAAUCCCAAGAUAGAUUAAGCUUAUGUAACUUGCAUUGUAACAGUGUUGUGAUUUGUAAGAGUCUGGAAAAUGCUGAGGUGACAAAAAAUGCGCCCGCUAGAGGCUAGACCUUUCCACAAUUGUGGCACUCAUAAUCAAAGUUGACGAUCCCAUUCUCCGUUUUCAA